UUCAAAAUUCACCCCUGACCCAUGGCAGGACCCGCAUGGUCUUAGGCACCCCACUUUCUCCAUUACCUGUGGCUUUGCACCCUGGCUCAGGAAAUCACUCCUGGAACCAGAGUGGCACCUAGAAGAGUGUGGUCCCAGUCCUGCCUAGAGGUUCCUUUUCCGAGAAAGGGCCAGCCUCUAUGGUUUGUCCAACACUGACCACACAGUCACUUCUAAUAGACUUGGAGCUUAAUGUGAAAUGCUUUUUACUUCCUCUCCAUAUCACGUAUCUGCAUCUCUACCAAGCAUACCAGGAUUUACCGAGCCCAGUUGUGUGAAAUCAGUAUGGGUCCUGGUGAACACAUUUGAGAAGGCAUCUCUUGUGGCCAGUAUCUGCAGACCUGGGUAUAGCUCCUUGUCCAAUCACAAGUAUAUUCCUCGGAGGGCAGUGCUGUAUGUGCCUGGGAAUGACGAAAAGAAAAUAAGGAAAGUUCCAUCCCUGAAAGUGGAUUGUGCGGUGCUGGACUGUGAGGAUGGUGUGGCUGAAAACAAAAAGGAUGAAGCUCGGUUGAGAAUAGUAAGAACUCUCGAAGACUUUGACCUGGGCCCGACAGAAAAGUGUGUGAGAAUCAACUCGGUGUCUAGUGGUCUGGCUGAAGCUGACUUAGAGACAAUUCUGCAGGCCCAAGUUCUUCCCUCUAGUAUGAUGCUACCAAAGGUGGAAAGUCCUGAAGAAAUCCAGUGGUUUUCAGACAAAUUUUCAUUCCACUUAAAAGGCCGAAAACUUGAACAACCAAUGAAUUUAAUCCCCUUUGUGGAAACUGCAAUGGGUUUGCUCAAUUUUAAGGCAGUGUGUGAAGAAACACUGAAGACUGGGCCUCAAGUGGGUCUUCUCCUAGAUGCAGUCGUUUUUGGAGGAGAAGAUUUUAGAGCCAGCAUAGGUUCGACAAGCAGUAAGGAUGCCCAGGACAUCCUCUAUGCCCGACAGAAGAUUGUCGUCAUAGCCAAGGCCUUUGGCCUACAAGCCAUAGAUCUUGUAUACAUUGAUUUCCGGGAUGAAGAUGGACUUCUCAAACAGUCAAGAGAAGCCGCCGCCAUGGGCUUCACUGGUAAACAGGUGAUCCACCCUAACCAGAUCGCUGUGGUACAGGAGCAGUUUACUCCGACCCUGGAAAAAAUUCAGUGGGCUGAAGAACUGAUCACCGCCUUCAAUGAGCACCAGCAGCUGGGAAAGAAGGGUGGGGGAAAGUCGCAUUUAUAAAUCCAACCCAGAGAUAACCUCUCACCUCAACCCACGCCUUCCCGAAGGGAUGGAGUUGUCACGCCUUCUAUGCAGAGUUACUUAGGAAAGAAAGACCGCCAAAAGCUUAUUAAAGUCCUCAGUGUUAAUACUCAUGCUUGUGAAAAUGAACAAAUCACUAAAAAGACAGCGGAGAAGAGCUGGUUUUCAAUGGUGGACCUGUGACAGUCACGUGAGAAAUGUCCUUCUCAUGUUCCCUGGUACAAAGGACACCUGAAAAUCUCAAGACUUGUACAAGUGGGUAACAAUACUAAGCAGGUCGUUCCCGUAGAAGUCUGCCUUCCACCAUGAUCAGGCAUAUAACCCACCUCCCCCAGCACACAUGCACACAGACUGACGUUUGUACAGAUUCACACUUAAUACACAAAGCCAGAAGAUCUGCAGGGGAACACAGGACCUUACAUUUGGACAUGAAACCAAUUUUACGAUAAAUAGCAUUGUUUUUUCAUUUCAUGUCAAUGGUGGCCAUCAAAAAUAUUGUGCACUUCACGAAAAAUAAUUUUAAGUUGGCAUUGUAUUUUAUUUCUGUUUAUAUGUUUCAACCCAAAAUGAAGCUUGCCUGUAAAUAAACAUAUUUACAUAGAAAGAAAAGCUGUACACUCUUUCAUUGACACACACAAAUGACUCCAUCUAUCUCCCUCCCACACACCUGCAUGUUCACACACACACACACACACACACACACACACACACACACACACACAGCUACCUUAUGCCAGCUGACAAUGUGCAAGCAACAAGCACUUAUUUUAAUAGGAAACGGAGGCAGGAUGUGCUCCCUUAAGAUGGCAGACAGGUCCAGUGUGGACUGGUUCUGCCUUGAUGAACCAGGCACACUGUUUUACCUGAACCCUGCUGAAGGCAGAUACCUGGCCUUAUAAGAAGAUAGGAAAGGUUAUCCUCCAUUUCACCAGCUCCCAAACAAAAGUCAGGCCAGAAACACUCCUAUCCUGCCAUUUAAGUUUCCGAAUGGAGACUACAAUCCCUCCUUUCCAUUAUAUCUUGAAAAUGUUAUUCCUUAGGGAAAAUUGCCCAAGACUUUGAUAAUAGCGAUGUAAAUGUUAAGUUCUGGGCUUUUUUCUUUUCAUUCUCUAAAUAAGAAGUGGCCCUCUUGUUGGGGUGUAAUUGGGGCAUAAGCUUUCACAACAGUGUGUCAGGCCAGCUUUUCUUAACACAGAACCAUAGAAAUUGGAGCAGAGGGCAUUACCUAUUAGGUCAUUUCUUCCCUGUCCACUUUGUGGAGGUUUGUUUCCUACAGCAAAUGGCCCUGGUGCUUUUUGUCCAGCGAGGUUUAAAUGACUCCAGUAAUGGAGCCUCCAGUAGGGACAUAUGGUUAUUUUAUCCAGUUAGCUGAUUUUUUCACUGUGCCUGUAAACUGGCUGGCCUCAAACACGGGGACUGCAGGUAGGUGCCUCUGGAUCUUGACGGGUUCUUGCGGUUUAAAUAGCGUGGGUUCUUUUGGCAGAGAUCUUAUAUAAAUAAGUGCUCAGUUGUAGGAAGUAUCACCUCCAACAAACAUCUAAUCUGUUUUAGUUCAAAUGUGUGCCAUUUAUGAAAAAUAUGAACCCCCGGAUAUUUUGUCCAAAGCACAGAUGACUCCCAAGGAUGGGAAAUGGCUUGCAUCCUGGUGAGGUGUUCAUGAAUUUCCCUGAGGCCUCGUCCCUCUCCUCUGAUGAAAAUUUCAUUUAAUUAAUUCCUUUAAGUAGAAACGGUCCAAGAAGGCAAUGUGAUGUAGCCUUGCCUUUUCUCUUACCCCCAUCUUCAAUUAUGUCCUUUCUGCUUGGAGACCAAAGCGUGGCUGAAGUUGGCAGUUAAUACAGGGCCAUUUAUGUUUUCUAAUGUGAUAAACAAUAAUAGUGAAAGCCCUACUUUGUCUUCCUGUCUCUAAAUGGCAACGAUCACGGGAAGGCUAUGUCCUGGUCAGGUGAGUUGUUGGGGCUCAGACUUUGACCACUCAGGGUUCUUUUCUGUUAGAAGUUCCAUGGAAAUUAAGUCUAAUGCACUUAGUAUGAGAACAUGGGGAAAACAAUUUACCUUAGAAAGAUAAUGAUGCUUAGCCCACCUAGUCUGUUAGUGAAGCAGUUUUACCUGACAGAGCCCUCCUGUUAAUACGAGCGGAAGCAAUAGGCUGAAAUUUGGAACCUUAGUUUGGUUUCUCUAUUAAAAUCUGUUAGAAAAAGCUUAUUCAGCAUGAGCUCUAUUCCUGUUUUAAUUCCCAGGAAGUAAAAUAUUUGUAAUUCAACUGACAUCAGUUGCAGAGUGUUUACGCACAUUAUUAACCACACAGAUUCCUCCUUCCUUCUUCCUUCCUUCCUUCCUUCCUUCCUUCCUUCCUUCCUUCCUUCC